AGAGAAGAGGGAGGAAGCAGCGUCGGUUCCUCUCGCAACACCUGCGCGUCGUUGUGUACUCUAUUGAAAAUACCGGCUUGAAGUCCAGAAACUACCUGCUUUACCCUACCUGCAUUUUAAGUUUCACACUCUUUAAAGAUGGGAGACCGUGCGGCACCGUCCACCCGCUGAAUUCUGUUUUGCUGAGGGUGUUAACUUUAAACCUGAAGUCUCCGGUAAGAUCUACGACCUGUCAUCACUUCUUCCAGCAAAGGGAAGAAUGGGGUCAUCUCUUGCCCUGCUGGCCCUGCUGUUUGCCCUGGGAUUCACCACUUGUGUAUGGAGUCUGAACCCAGACGACCCCAAUGUUUGCAGUCACUGGGAGAGCUAUGCUGUGACUGUGCAGGAAUCCUACGCUCACCCAUUUGACCAGAUCUACUACACCAGAUGCACAGACAUUCUCAACUGGUUUAAAUGCACAAGGCACAGGAUCAGCUAUAAGACGGCUUACCGCCGGGGAGUGAGGACCAUGUAUAGGCGCCGCUCGCAGUGUUGCCCUGGUUACUUUGAGAGCGCAGACUUGUGUGUUCCUCUUUGCACAGAGGAGUGUGUCCAUGGUCGCUGUGUGUCUCCUGAUACGUGCCAGUGUGAGCCCGGAUGGGGUGGACUGGACUGCUCCAGUGCAAACACAGCCAAUGGAACAGGCUGUGAGAGUGACUACUGGGGGCCUCAUUGCAGUAAUCGGUGCCAGUGCCAAAAUGGGGCUAAGUGUAACCCCAUCACAGGUGCCUGUGUCUGCACUGAUGGGUACCAGGGAUGGCGUUGUGAGGAGCCCUGUGAGCACGGUUACUAUGGCAAGGCAUGCCAACUACCCUGCCAGUGUCUGAAUGGUGCCACCUGCAACCAUGAGACAGGAGAGUGCAUCUGUGCGCCGGGCUACACAGGGGCUUUCUGUGGCGAGCGCUGUCCGUCAGGUAGUCACGGGCCUCAGUGUGAGCAGCGCUGCCCCUGUCAGAAUGGAGGAACAUGCCACCACAUCACCGGAGAUUGUUCCUGCCGUGCCGGCUGGAUGGGUUCAGUUUGUGCCCAGCCCUGCACACUUGGCAAAUACGGCAUCAACUGCAGCAAGGACUGCUCCUGUCGCAAUGGCGGCCUGUGUGAUCACGUCACAGGGCAGUGCCAGUGUGCAGCUGGUUUCAGUGGACGCAGGUGUCAGGAUGACUGUCCGGUGGGCACCUUCGGUUCGCAGUGUAACGAGAGGUGUGAGUGCCAGAAUGGAGCCAAGUGUCACCAUAUCAAUGGAGCCUGUCUUUGUGAAACAGGGUUUAAAGGUCCUAAUUGCCAAGAGAGGUUCUGUCCCCCGGGCCUCUAUGGCCUUAUCUGCGACAAGUACUGCCCCUGUAAUACUACCAACACUGUAAGCUGCCACCCACUGUCUGGUGAAUGCACCUGCUCUGCGGGAUGGACAGGGCUUUACUGUAAUGAGACCUGCCCACCUGGAUACUAUGGUGAGGGAUGCAUGCUGCCUUGCAGCUGUGCCAAUGGAGCUGACUGCCAUUCUGUCACAGGUGCUUGUAUAUGUGCCCCUGGGUUCAUGGGUGAGGACUGUGCUGCAGUGUGUCCUCCAGGUCUGUAUGGGCCAAACUGCAUGUUCACCUGCUCCUGCCAUAAUCACGCCUCCUGCUCUCCUAUUGAUGGCUCCUGCAUCUGCAAGGAAGGCUGGCAGGGUGUGGACUGCUCCAUCCUCUGCUCCAGUGGCACAUGGGGUCUGGGCUGUAAUCAAACAUGCUUAUGUAGCAACGGAGCUGCAUGUGACCCUAUGGAUGGUACCUGCACCUGUUCACCAGGCUGGAGGGGAGAGCACUGCGAUGAUUCCUGCCCUGACGGCACCUAUGGGUUGGAGUGUCGUGAGCGCUGUGACUGCAGCCAUGCUGAUGGCUGUGACCCUGUGAGUGGCUACUGCCGCUGCUACCCUGGCUGGACAGGAAUCCAUUGUGAUAAUGUGUGUCCACAAGGAUUCUGGGGACCCAACUGUUCAGUCAGCUGCUCCUGUCAGAAUGGAGGAUCCUGCUCUCCAGAGGACGGCACAUGUGUGUGUGCACCUGGAUACAGAGGGACCUCCUGCAAAAGAAUCUGCUCUCCAGGUUUCUACGGGCAUCGCUGCAGCCAGUCGUGUCCACAGUGUGUGCACAGCACUGGGCCCUGCCAUCAUGUCACGGGUCAUUGUGAAUGCCUGUCCGGCUUCUCUGGCUCUCUGUGCAACCAAGUGUGUCCAAGUGGCAGGUAUGGGAGGGGCUGCACUGAGAUCUGCCUCUGCACCAACAAUGGUACCUGCAACCCUAUCGAUGGCUCCUGCCAGUGCUUUCCUGGUUGGAUAGGAGAUGACUGCUCUCAGGCAUGUCCCUCUGGGCACUGGGGCCCUGAUUGUCUCAACUCAUGUAACUGUCACAACGGAGCCCAGUGCAGUGCCUAUGACGGGGAGUGCAGGUGCAGCCCCGGCUGGACCGGACUUUACUGCACACAGCGCUGUCCUUCAGGGUUCUACGGCAGGGAUUGCUCGGAAGUGUGUCGCUGCCAAAACGGCGCAGAUUGUGACCACAUCAUUGGCCAGUGUGCCUGCCGAACAGGCUUCAUUGGGACGAGCUGUGAACAGAAGUGUCCUGCUGGUACAUUUGGAUAUGGUUGCCAGCAGCUGUGUGAGUGCCUGAACAAUGCUACCUGUGACUAUGUGACUGGAACAUGCUACUGCAGCCCUGGAUAUAAAGGCAUCCGUUGUGAUCAAGCAGCUCUGAUGAUGGAGGAGCUGAACCCAUACACCAAGAUUAGCCCAGCACGAGGCACGGAGCGCCAGUCUGCUGGGGCUGUCAUGGGCAUCAUCUUUCUCCUCCUCAUCAUCAUGGCCAUGCUCAGUCUUUUUGUGUGGUACAGACAGAGGCAGAGGGACAAAGGUCACGAGAUACAGCCUACUGUGUCCUAUACACAGGCAAUGCACAUCACCAACACUGACUAUUCCCUGUCCGAGUGUGGCAGUGCUGUAGCAAUGAGGACUAGUGCUGCUGAGGUCAAUCAGAGCCAGAACAGCAGUGGCGGUGGUGGCCAGUGCUUCUCCAACCCCAGCUACCACACUGUGGCCCAGUGUAAUGUUGUCUCAACCAUCUCCAGCAACCUGGACGGCACCCUGACCCUCAAAUCAAGCACCUUGAAAAGUAGAAAUGGCUCAGAGUGGAGAGGCUACUGCAACCUCAAUGACCUGGAUGUUCAACAGGGUGAGACACAGAGAAGUUCCAGAAAAGCCAUGUGCAGCAACAGCUCCUGCUCUCUGAAUAGUGACAAUCCAUAUGCCACCAUUAGAGACCCACCAGGGUUGGCUUGCAAGCACACAGAAAACAGCUAUGUGGAGAUGAAGUCCCCCUCACACCGUGAAGUGCCCUUUGGAGGCACAGCCACCCUCCUGGGCAGCGCAAGUAUGAUUGUCUAUGAUGUUGAGCCAUCAGUGAGUGUCCUGCAAGGGCCCAACGGGAUGGCCACCGGCUUCUCCCAGAGCCCCUAUGACCUCCCCCGGAGCAGCCACAUCCCCAGCCACUAUGACAUACUGCCCAUGCGUCAUAGCCCCACACACAUAUCCCCACCACCCCCAGAAAGCCCCAGCUCUCUUCUCUAGAUGGCACACUUGGCCCUGGCACCGUGCAGUGUUUAGCCAACUUUCAACUAAUGGCGAGCUCUUUGUGUCCGUGUGUGCUUGAUUUAGAUACUGAAAUGUUGAGAUAGCGGGACGGUCACAGCUCCUCUGGAUGCUGCUCUCUUUCACUCUCUCACACUGUUUCUGUGGCCCUGGAAGGUGGAGGGGAGGUAAGAGUGCCUCACACACCAGCGACCAUUCACCCAUUUUAUUUUCUUAUAGAACUGAUCACUCAACUCACACUGCUGCCUGGCCUCUCUGUCGGCCUCCUGAAGUGGAACAUACUGGUUCUGAACAGCACUAAGAGCGGCAUACGUAAAUUGGGUGGACAGAUUAUUUACAGGGAGAGAGAGCAAUCCUCAUGAUCAUUUUCAGCCCAUGAUAUAGUUUUACUAUUCUAGGGCAGCCAAGUGUUUAUAAUAUCUCCUAAACAGAAAUGAAUUUGUCCAUGAGACGGAAGGUAUAGCAAUCUUGCCCAUGUCAAAGCAGGCGGUGAUUUGCUACUUGCACACACCAGAGUUUAUGAUUCGUCAUUGUGCGCAGAAGCUGCAGAUCACAUGAAGUGAUUAUGAUCUCCUCUGGUUUUCUCUGAGGUGAAGAAAUGCUCAGUCAAAUAACAGAGAAGACUCUGUUCCAAAUGUUAAACUGAAAGCGAAGAAGCAUGGAUAAGUAUUAAAAAAGUAUUGUAACGGUCCUUUGUUCACUGUUGUUCAGUAAUGAUCAUACAGUUAAUAUUAAUCUGAUCCCUGUUUGUAACUCAAAGCUGCAGUGUAAAUGAGGCCCAGUGUAUGUGGAGGUGCGUUCAGGUCACCAGUGUAUUUAUUGCAUUACUGGGAGUUACACACAUGCAGUAAGUCCAGAGUUUGGAUUUUUCCCCACAAUGAUGAAACAAUCAGAUCUUGUGUUAUUUUCUAUGUGAACCCAUUUUUCUUGCAAAUGUCUUGGUUAAAAUUUUUGAAAUACUGGGUGUGAAGAAGGGAUUGCUUUGACUUUUUAUGAUUUGUAUUUAUAAAGCUAAUUGCUUUAUUCAUUAGUUUAUAUUAGUGAUGGUGAAUUUUUAUCAGUGUGACACUAGAAUUUAAAUAAAAAAGAUGAGCAUGAUCAGACAAUGGAUACCCACUGAUGUAGAUAACACACAAUUAAUCUUCCUGUGAGAUGAUCUGUGACAUUUUGUGAACUGUUUUGAAGUUAUUUAAAAUGUUUUCUUUCUCUCUUUGUCAGAUUGUAAAUUUAAAAGCUUUAUCAAUUCUGUCUGAUCUGACCAAUACUAGACCCACAAAUAACCUGUGCAGUAUUUACAAAGAUAACCAUAUGUAAAAAGACUAUUUAAAAAAAGAUUUUAUGUUUGUAUCAGCCUAAUUACAGUCUUUAUUUAUUUAACCAAAUUUAUGUGAAUUUCACUUCACCCUCUGUAGAAGCAAUAACAUGUUGACAAUCGAUGCCCAGACAGCGUUUCAUUAGUGCUGCACAUUAAGCGAUCUUUGACCAGUGUGGUGACAGUGGAUCAUAUAUGUGACUUUUUUUAUUUUUUCUCUGAGGAAAGUUUAUCCAGUCGCUGUCAUAUCAGUGCCGCUUGUUGUUUUGGUAAAUAAAUUUCAAAUUAAAAGCCUAUUCUGCCAUCAGAAACCUGUUUCAGUCAGGUUAAUACCCCAGAUAGAGAAAAGUUUACUUCCCAUGUCUAGCAUUAGGCGGGACAUGCCUCUCUUCAUCUGUAACUCUGCAAAUUGAAAUACCAUGACAACCAUUGUUGACAAGAUUGUUUGAUGAUGACUGAAGGAUUUAAAGUGCUGCGUUGGUGGGUAUGAGUUGUAGAGCCUGGUGAGUCAGUGAAAUGUGAUCCAGGAAGUCCAGCUGGAGUAACUGAUUAACCCUCCUGUUAUGUUGCGGGUCAAAUUGACCCACGAACAUAACUGCUUU